GCAUCCCAGAAACCACAGUGAGCGGCCUGGCAGGAGCUGGGUUGCCGAGGAGGAGGCGGCCACUGUGUGACUGAAGCUGGGUGUUUUCGGACCGCUGGCUGCCUUCACAUUUCCUGGUGGAAGUGGGACAGGUCACAGACAACCCAGGGUCACAGAUAACUUUACCCACACAGGAUUCACUUUUGGGAGCACUGGCUGGAAAGUGAGGGGGUGUGUGCGUGUGUGCGUCCGUGUGUGUUCUGACCAUGUGCCUUCCGCGGGCCUCAGAAGUCUGCACUUUCUUCACAUAGCUGAUUACAACACAGAGGAUGUGGACAGUGGAGUUUUUCCGGUUUGAUGUCACACUGUUACCCUUUAAAAGUUGGAGCGGGAAAAGGAGGGAAUCCAGCCUAAGAGCCUCACAGCAGCUACUUGCAGAGAAGAGGAGGAAGAGUCCAGGGAGGAGGCUCAGGUUUCAGACUCAACCCGGCACUCAGAGGGGUGCGAUGCUGGGUACUUGCCUCGGGGUCCUGGUCUGCACCCUGAGCCGGGUCGCAGCCUAUCCCGAUGCCUCCCCCUUGCUCAGCUCCAGCUGGGGUGGCCUGACCCACCUGUACACAGCCACGGCCCGAAACAGCUACCACCUGCAGAUCCAUAAGGACGGCCAUGUGGAUGGCGCGCCUCACCCGACCAUCUACAGUGCCCUGACAAUCAGAUCUGAGGACGCUGGCUUCGUGGUGAUAACUGGGGUGAUGAGCAGGAGAUUCCUCUGUAUGGACUUCAGAGGCAACAUUUUCGGAUCACACCACUUCAGCCCCCGGGACUGCCGCUUCCGCCACCGCCGGCUGGAGAACGGCUACGACGUCUACCACUCUGCCGAGCAUCGCUUCCUGGUCAGCCUGGGCCGCGCCAAGAGGCCCUUCCUGCCGGGCGCCAACCCACCGCCCUCCUCCCAGUUCCUGCCGCGCCGGAACGAGCUGCCCCUCGCGCGCUUCGUCACGCCCGGGCCGCGGCGGAGCACGCGCAGCGCCGAGGACGAGACCGAGGGUGAGGCCGACCCGGGCCGCGACCCGCUGCGCGUGCUCCAGCCCCGCGCCCGCGCCCGCGCCACGCCCGCGCCCUUCGCCUGCUCGCGGGAGCUGCCCAGUGCCGAGGGCGCACGCGCGCGGCGGGGCGCGGGCCCGGGGGUGCGGCCCGGGGCGCGGGGCGCAGUAGGGCGCGGGACCCAGCACCGCCCUGGGGAGGAGCCGCGGCGGACCGAAGGCCGCGCUGGCUCUGACGAGUUUGCCUCGCGGAGUGGGCUUAGCACGGGCUCCGAGAACCCACCCUGCGAGGUCUCGCCGCGUCCUCGCCGCGUGGAGCUCCAGCUGCAGGUGGGCCCAGGACUCGGGGCCCCCGCGGGUCUGCGCGCUCCGCCGGAGGACUCGGCCGCCCCAGCCCGAGACUCGCCGGGGCCUGGCUCCUCCCGGAGGACCCCACUCUACCGCCUCCGCUCCUGGCCUCCGGGUUGA